AAGCUAAACACGGUCACAUAAGUCACUUUCGUCGGAAACGCGUGUCGUGUAUAGCCGCUGGGCAGAAAACGGACUCGCCGGAGUGCACGGCGCGUUCUUCGUUUUGUCGGGUAAUUGAGAAGACUUGUGACUUCAAGUGAAAAACCGGAGUGUGCACUCCCAUUUUAGUCAAGGCCAGGCGGAAGGGCAGGUAAUGUUAGCGUAGCGGCUGCGUAGUUUCCAGUUAAAUUCAUCAGAAGAUUGUUGGGCUGUCCAUUGAAGCAAUCCCACCAUGCGUGAAUACAAGCUAGUGGUGUUAGGCUCUGGAGGUGUGGGCAAGUCUGCUCUGACAGUUCAGUUCGUACAGGGAAUCUUCGUGGAAAAAUAUGACCCUACAAUAGAAGACUCAUACAGAAAGCAAGUGGAGGUAGAUGGGCAACAGUGUAUGCUUGAAAUUCUCGACACAGCGGGCACAGAACAGUUCACAGCAAUGAGGGACUUGUACAUGAAAAACGGCCAAGGCUUCGCUCUGGUAUACUCCAUCACGGCACAGUCCACCUUCAAUGACCUCCAAGACUUGAGAGAACAGAUUCUACGAGUAAAGGACACAGAGGAUGUGCCGAUGAUCCUGGUAGGGAACAAGUGUGACUUGGAAGAUGAGCGUGUGGUGGGGAAGGAGCAGGGCCAGAAUUUGGCCCGACAGUGGAACAACUGUGCCUUUUUAGAGUCCUCUGCUAAAUCAAAGAUCAAUGUCCUUGAUAUCUUCUAUGACUUGGUCAGACAGAUAAAUAGGAAAACGCCAGUGGAAAAGAAAAAGGCAAAAAAGAAAUCCAACUGUGUCCUGCUCUAAAGAACUCUCCUUCAGCCCCUGCAGCAGCUCUGAGCCAGAAAUGCUGUAAUGAAGAACUGUUGCCCUGAUUGGAACGUGCCAGCAUUCCAAGAGCCCCGCCCCCUCCCCCAUCAGCCAUAAAAGGUGAAUCAGCUGACUGAACUGCUCCCAUCAAAGCUGAGGACGACCUACAAGAGAGAGCUACAGACAGUACGAGAGAGGGAGAGAGAGAGAGAAAGAAGACUCUUUUUCUCUCACCUCUGAGGACCUUCCUCUGCAUCUCAUCAUCGGUGUGAAACUUGAAUGGACAGUCUCCACUUCUGCACCAACAAACAGAACCACAAACUGAUGUAAAAAUUCAGCAAAAGCCUCUGAAAGUUAAAAAAAAAAGAGCAGCCCUGUAUUUUCUUUUUUUUUCUUUUUCCACUGUUUAAUGAAAAUAACAUUUAAGAAGGAACGCAUGGUUAGACUUUAAAUUCAGUAUUUUUCAUCCUUUUCAAUAUGAAUAUUGUAUUUGAAAGACAUGGAAGUUGACCUCUUUAGUUGUAUGAUUAUAAAUAUUCUUCUGCAACAAGCAUGAAAAAAAUGCAUCAGUUAUCACGUGUUGAUGUUUUCAAGUGAAAUCAAGUGGAAAGUGAGAAUUCUUUUAUAGCCAUACACCUACUGUCCAUGCCUGUCAUGUCAGUGAUGAUAGAUUCAAGGUCCAUCAUGUAUUAUUAUUUUAUUCUGUUUUUCUUUGUCUGCCCUGUUGUUCAUGGACUUCUCUUCUGCAGAUAUUUCUCUCUAAUGUGACUUAAUUUUAUACUCUGUCACUGGGGUUUCAUAGCUCCCAUAAUAUAUUCUGCCAUUUUUUUUGCAUAUUAAUGCUUCAGAAAAAUGGGUCUUUUAUAGAAGAAAUAUGGGGAAAAAAUAAGAAUUGAUUUCUAUGUCUCUUGAAGCUGAAAUAUAUUAUACUAAACCAA